GCAAAAGGCUGCUCGACCUCGUCUACGCGAGCGUAGCUAAAACGAGCCAAAAGAGAAAAAAAUGCUGCUCUCUGUAGCGCAUAGAUCCGCCACACAUGCGCUGCGGGCAGCCAAGGCCGUCACGAGGAGCUAUGCGGCCGCGACGCACGCAGUGAGCAGCGACGGCACGCGCAUAGCCUACACCGCCACGGCCGGCGGCGGCACGCCGACGCUGCUCAUCAAUGGCUGGGCGGGCUGCGCCGCCGACUGGGGCUCGCUCGUGGACCGGCUCGGCGCGAGCGGGCGCCGCGUCGUCGCCUUCGACCCGCGCGGCUUCGGCGCGUCGGGCGACGGCGCCGCCGCCAGCGUGCGGACGCUCAGCGAGGACCUGUGUGGAAAUCAAAAUUUUACUGCGCGUUCGUGCUGAAUCUUCGCGUCGACCGCCACGCCAUCGAUGCGACGCCUGCUCGAUGGCGUGGCC